GUGAUGACAAAAUAAAAGCCGAAGUUUCAUCUUCAAACCAAUAGAACGAUACGAUGGAUCGAGAAUGGGGAUCGAAGCCGGGAAGCGGUGGUGCGGCUUCGGCGCAGAACGAAGCCAUCGACCGGCGAGAGCGGCUCCGGCGACUGGCGUUGGAGACAAUAGAUUUAGCGAAGGAUCCAUACUUCAUGCGCAACCACCUCGGAAGCUACGAAUGCAAACUCUGUCUGACACUCCACAACAACGAAGGUAACUACCUCGCCCACACGCAGGGCAAACGCCACCAAACCAACUUAGCCAAACGCGCCGCUCGCGAAGCCAAAGACGCCCCCGCCCAACCCCAACCUCACAAACGCAAAGUUUCCCUUCGCAAAACCGUUAAGAUUGGUCGCCCUGGCUAUCGCGUCACUAAGCAGUUCGACCCUGAGACCAAGCAGAGAUCUCUCCUUUUCCAGAUUGAAUAUCCUGAGAUUGAAGACCUUACGAAACCCAGGCACCGGUUUAUGUCUUCAUAUGAGCAGAGGGUGCAACCAUUUGAUAAAAGAUAUCAGUAUCUUUUGUUUGCUGCUGAACCAUAUGAAAUAGUUGCUUUCAAGGUACCUAGCACAGAGAUUGACAAGUCCACUCCAAAGUUUUUCUCACACUGGGACCCUGACUCAAAGAUGUUCACACUGCAAUUGUAUUUUAAAACCAAGCCACCAGAGGCAAACAAACCACAGCCUCCCUCUACAGCUAAUGGCACCCCAGCAUCCAGUGUGCCACCGAGGCCAUUGCCUCCACCACCCCAAGCUCCACUACCACCACCUCCACCUCCUCCACAAGGGCUCCCUCCUGGUGCACCUACAACAAAUCCUCCUAGAGCUCCUCCACCUCCAAUGCCAGGAUCAAUGCCACCUCCUCCUCCUAUGUCUGCAAAUGGUCCUAGACCUGCUCCACCUGGUGGAAUGCCAUCUGUCCCACCCCCGCCCCCUGUUGGCAGUGGCCCACCUUCGGGUUUUAACAUGGGUUCUAGACCUCCGUCAAUGCCACCUCCACAAGGUUUUCCAGCCCAACAAAUGCAGAGCCAGGGUGUCCGUCUUCCUCCACCACCCCCUAACAUGGGAUAGUAGGUCCUCAGGCUCUAGGCUAUAACAGCAAGCAUCAUUGGAAGUGUUACACAACUGUAGUGGAAUGUCCCUUGUCCGUUCAGGACUUACUAUUUUGUAUGUUAGAAGCUAGUUUUUAUCAGCAACACCCCAAAUUACAUGUACACUGUUUAUUGUGUGUCAUUUUUUUAUUUACAACUCAAGAUGUUGCAGUAUCAAGAUUUUUGCUAUUUAGUAUUGAUGCCUUUCCAGUAUAGACCAAAGUCCACAGAAAUUGAGGUCUCAUACCGCCUGAAAUGGUUGGAAAGUUUUGGGUGUUGUGAAUAAUUCUGGGUUUAAUGCUUGAUCGGAUCACUUUUUAGUUGUAAUAACUAUUUGAUCAUUACAAGACCGAAUAUUAAAACAAGAACGGGAAAUCAUAUUUGUUAAUUGAAGGGAUUUUAGAAAAAGAGGAACGAGAGAAAGCUGAUCCCUUUAGUCCUUGUAUGGUCAAGAAGAGGAAAUAAACCCUUCAUAUUAUUGUGUGAUUAAGGUUAUAUCAAUAGGUAUCAGUCUAACAUUAUGUCCAACAGCUGCAAAUGAGCAGCUUGCGGUAGCGACAUUGGUAUUGUUGUGUUCACUCAGAACUACUCAAAAUGUUGAUGUUAAACU